CCAACUGAAAUCAAACAACCAUAUUUUGAGCAGAAAAUACCCGGUUUAACGAGCACGAACAAUGACGAAGACGAAGUAAACGUAGCUGAUAUAUUUAAAGCAAUACCAUGCCCCAAAAUACUUGAUUUUAUUUUCGGUUCGGAGUCGUAUUUAACAGACAAACGCAAUACAUUAACCGGUAACCAUCAUGAAAAUGGUCGUAAUACAGUUAAAGAAAUAUAUACAGCUGUUUGUGGUCAAUUACUGGUGGAUAUUCAUAAAAGUUUUAAUGCAUACGUGGUAAUGAAUAUGCAAAAAUUUAAUGAAUUGCAAUCCAACAACAAUAAAAAUUCAUCCUUACUUAUCCGAAUAAUGAAAAUGUCUGAUCAAGAAGUUGGUACUCUGGCAAACAUAAAUAUAAAUGAAAUAAAACAAUCAUUAAAAAUGGCACAUGACGAAAUUCAUGAUUUAUUGGAAGCACGUAUAGCAAUUGAAAUAGCAAUUGAGAAAAUGCGAAACCCACAUAUAACAGAAAAUGAAUUACGUCAUUUGGAACAACAAAAACGAAAACAUCUGCAGGCAGAGUCAUAUUAUCUGGAUAGAGAACAAAAAAAAGUUGAAAAAGAAUUACGAAAACGACCGCAUACUACACAUUCACUUUCAAUUGG